UUUUCCACAGUUCUCCGGAAGCACACGACUGAGUACCAUACCCUCUGAGCCCAACAUCUGCGGUGAAUAGAUCCAUAAGAACAUUUGUGAAAAAUGUUGACUAGGUUCUGCGUAAUUGUGUUAGCACUUCUCGUAGCGGUUCUGGCGACUGCCGAGACACAAUCCGCCGAUGCCGCAGGCCCAGCUGCAGGGCCGACUUUGGAACAGGUGGUGCAGCAACGUGUCGCCAAUACAUUGAACGUCCUCAACUUGAUAGCAGCCAACUCUGUGGCUCCUCCUGAAGUCAAAGAAGCUGUGCUGGCGAAUGCACAACAGGAGCUGGACUCAUGUGUGGAACAAGUAUCGGUGCAUGGAAACCAAGGAUAUUUCUUCGCGUGCACCGGAAUAGUGAUAAAGAACGCUGCAAAUGCCCUCAAUGGGAACGCAUCUUCCGGUGCUGCCCCGGCAAAGUGAUAAUAACUUCUUUAUUCUGUACAGGUAUUGGACUACUCAAGUAGACAAAUCUGGUGAUCGACUAAUUGAGUGAAAUUUAGUGAAAUAUUAGUUAACAGUUAAAUUGUUUUUUGAAUAUUGUAUACAUAAUUUGUUCGUUCGAUAGUAGAGUCUAGAUAAAAGUUUAUUGAAUAAAUUUCUGUUAAUUUACCUGAAUUCUAUAAUGAAGAGCAUAACGUUGCUUCCACCUUUUUAUCAAAAGUUAGAGACUUCAUUGUGGAAAAGGGUGAAAUUGAAUGAAGAACA